AUGAAACAAGCGCUCUGCGAGCAGAACUGUGAGCUGCAACAGCUCCAAGCAGCAUUAAGCGCAGAGUCUGAAGCGAGAAGGUCCGCCGAGGAGGCUCUGGAGAGAGUCACCCUUGAGCGGCAGAGGCUGCAGAGAGCGAGAGAUGAGCUGGCAACAAAUCUCCUGGCAGCACAGCAGCGUGCUCAGGAGGCAGAGGAAGACCAGCAGAGGGCUGAGGAGCAGACAGCAGCCGCUAUUGCCGAGGUGGAUGCACUGCAGGCUCGCCUAUCUGCAAAUGGAGCUGAGAUCUCUCACGCCAGCGAUGCUGCACCUGCUGGAGACGGCGCAGACACCAGUAGAGAGCUGGAGUUGGAGCGCAGCAGGAAUGCUGUACUAGUGGCAGCGCUAUCAUCGGCCAAGGGAGGAAGGGAGCGAGCUGAAAGGGAGGCGGCAGCUGCCAGGCAGCGCAUGCAGCAGCUCGAGCAGCAGCUGCAAAUGGCACACUCUGCAGGUCCUCCGCCCCCCAGCUUGCCAGGUCCAGCAUCAGCCUAUAAUGGGCCGGCAUCUAUGGCAAAGUCAGUGCUGUCCCAGGAGACAGCCACAGACCCAGAAAGCAUGGCCAGACAGAUCACUGCCCUCAAACGCCAGGUGACUCAGUUGAAGGCGAGUCGAGACAAGCUACUGGCAGAGCUGGACAUCCAGUUUGUGGAGGCUGACCGAAUGGGCAAUGAGAACAACGCCCUUUCCCAGGCUCUGCAGGAGGUGCGGGAAGCUGGCGCGGCGUGGGAGCGGCAGGCGCAGGAAGCUGCCGCGCAGCUGGAGCGGCUGAAGGACCUGCUUGAGGAGAGCGCGCUGUGGCGCCGCGAGCAGCCGCCACGUCCUGAGGCGUCCCCUCCUAAUCCACCUGGCGAGAAUGGGACUGCUUCGUCUGGGGAGAGGAAUGGUACUGAGGCGGAGGACCGAGCUGCCUCAGACAGUCAAUACAUCCAGGCGCACAUCUUGGACUUAGAGCAGCGCUUCAUGCAGGAGAGUGCAAAGAGCGCUGCACUGGAUCUGCAGGUCAGAGCACUGUGUGCAGAGCUCAACAGGGCAGCGCAAGCGACAGGCAGCCUCGGAAGAUCCGUGCUGCCUGCCCUGAAUGGCAUCGAGAGCCGCCUCUCUCAGGCUCUCCACCUCACAGCCGGGCGAUAA